AUGGCACAAAAGACAUUCAUCCCGCUAGAGAACAACCCCGGGGUGAUGACCAAACUGGCGCACCGUUUGGGGCUCUCUCCGGCUCUCUCCUUCCACGAUGCUUAUAGUCUGACUGAUCCUGACUUGAUCGCCCUCGUACCCCGGCCUGCCAGUGCUCUUUUGUUCACCUACCCUGGGUCACCGACAGCGGAAACUUAUUAUGCCAAAAUCAAUGACGCCGAGCCUGAUUAUGCAGGAUCUGGCCCCAACGAACCCGUCAUGUUCUACCAUCAAGUCAUCAACAACGCUUGUGGCCUCAUCGGGCUUCUUCAUUGCACCACCAAUGGCACUGCUGCGGACUUCAUCCGGGCGGGGAGUGACCUCGACAAAUUGGUCAAGGAUACCAUCCCACUGAAACCAAAAGAGAGAGCUCAGUUCCUUCAUGAUUCGGACAUGCUUGAGAAGGCGCAUGCUGCAGCUGCCGAGUCCGGCGACAGCACAGUACCUCCUCUCGGCGAAGAGCCCGAUCAUGCUUUCAUUGCGUUCGUUAAGGGGAAGGAUGGCCACUUGUGGGAGCUGGAAGGAAGGAGGAAAGGCCCGGUAGACCUUGGUGUGCUCGGUGAUGAUGAAGAUGCGCUGAGCGAAAAGGCAUUGAGACUGGGCCCGCUGCCGUUCCUGAAGCGUGAGGAAGCCGCCGGCAGUGGUGAUGUCCGGUUCAGCUGCACAGUGCUUGCCCCGACUAUGGAAUACUGA